AUGAAUACUUUAAAUAUUUCACACAAUUGGAAAGUUAAAUCAUUUACGUCAUUAACAUUUUGUGAUCAUUGUGGAUCAUUAUUAUGGGGUAUUUGCGCGCAAGGGUUUCAAUGUUUAGAUUGUAAUUUUAGUUCUCAUUCACAUUGUACAGCAUUUGUUACGGUCCAUUGUAAUAGAACAAACGAGGAUUUAAAUGACAACGAUAGUAGUAAUGGUGGUAGUCUUAAAAAUAGUACGAACGAAUUAACAAAUCCAUCAAAAAUUAAAAAUAAGGCCGAAAUAAAAUCAUUAAAAUUAAAAUAUUUCAAUAGACCACAUAAUUUUCACAAGACAUCAAAAUCAAUAUUAAAGUUUUGCAACUAUUGUAAAGAAAGUACAUUCACAAUUUCAGGUGAGCCAGUUCAAUGUUCAGAUUGUAGAUAUAUUGCACAUAGUCAUUGUCAAGAAAAAGUUCAUAAAAAUUGUAGAAUACCAUAUUCUUUAGAUUCACCAAUUUUUAAAAUAAAUAAUAAUAGCACCAGCAAAAACCAAAUAUUAGAUAGUAGUAGUAAUAAUAAUAAUAUAUCUACAAGCCACCAUUGGGUAGAAGGAAAUUUAAAGGAUGAUAAAAAGAGGUGUAUAGUUUGUAAUUUAGUUUGUGAAAAAACUUUCUCUUUGGCCCAUUAUAAAUGUUUAUGGUGUAAUAAUUAUAUUCAUAGCUCUUGUUUCGAUAAGCACAAUCCAAUUUGUAAUUUAGGUAAACACUCACAAAUAAUAUUACCUCCUGGCUCAAUAGAAUUAUAUGAAGUAAACGAGAAUAUUGGUGAUAAAGCAAUUGUUCAUAAUGGUGAAUUACCAGAUAAUGCAGCUUCAGCCUCCUCUUCAACCUCAUCUUUAGGUGGCACUACAACAGAUAACAGUACAACAACUAUAAUAGUGCCCUCUUCAGAAUCACCAAAACCUUAUGGUAAUAGACCAAUAGCAAAAUGGAGAUUAAACCCAGAGUAUAUACCAGAAAAAGCAUUAUUUGUAUUUGUAAACUCAAAAAGUGGUGGUCAAUUUGGAUCUGUAUUAAUAAGAAAACUCUCCUCCCUUUUAAACCCACUCCAAAUAAUAGAUUUGAUAAAGGAAGGCCCCGAAACAACUUUUCAAAUGUUAAGAGAGCACAUAGAAAGAUAUCCAGAGCAAAUUAACAGAUUUAGAAUUUUAGUAUGCGGUGGAGAUGGUACUGUAGGUUGGAUAUUUAAGGUUAUGACAAAAUAUGAUUUACCAAUGAUACCUAUUGGAAUUAUCCCAUUGGGCACAGGCAAUGAUUUAGCAAGAUCUUUAGGGUGGGGAAUAGGAUACGAUGGUGAAAAGCUCGAUUCUAUUUUAAAGAAUAUUAAUAAUGCCAGAAUUAUUCAAAUGGAUACCUGGAGCGUAGAUUAUCAAGAUAAUACUGUCGAUCCACCAAUUAUAAAGUCUCUGGAAAUGAACAACUAUUUUAGUAUUGGUUUAGAUGCCACAGUUGCAUUGGGUUUUCACUUGGCCAGAAACGCUAAUCCUCAAUUAUUUACAGGUCGUACCGUUAAUAAGCUUUGGUAUACAAAGAUUGGUCUUGAAGAAUUUGUAACAAAAUCAUUUGUAAAACUUUCAAAGGUACUUUCUAUUAAAGUUGGUCAAAAAGAAAUUAAAAUCGAUAAAUCAAUAGAAGGAAUUAUAAUUUUAAAUUUAGGUAGUUAUGCUGGUGGAGUUGAUUUAUGGGGUCCAAAUAAAAAAUUAAAAGAUAAUAAUGAACCAAUAUCACCAAGAUCUCCAAUAUCACCAAGAUCCACACAACAAAAUAAUAGUAAUAAAGAAAUUCAAGAUUUAAAUGAAAAUAUAGAUGGCAAUGUAAAUAAUAAUAAUAAUAGUGAAAAUGAAGAAAAGAACAUUAAAUUUAAAAAUCAAUAUAUAGAUGAUCAAAUAUUGGAGAUUAUUGGUGUUACAAGUUUACCUCACUUAGGCUCAUGUUUAAGUUCAAUUUCAUCACCAAUUAGAAUGUCCCAAGGUGAUGAAAUUACCAUUACAGUAAAUAUUCCACAAGCUGAAAAUACAAAGAAUCAAAUCGAAACUGCUUUUCAAAUCGAUGGUGAACCCGAACCAAUAGAAUCAAAAAAUUGUACUUUUACAAUAAAAUUCUUUAAAAAAGUAAAUAUGCUUUCGAAUCAAGAAUUUAAACCUAGAGUUUCAAAUAUAAAUUUAGAUUUUUCAAAAACCAUUCAAAUUUCAUAUUUAUCUCCAAGUGUUACCUCACCAUUAGCUGCAACACCAGAUAAACGACCAAAUCAAAAAAUAUUACUUUCACCUCAACAAAUUAAUGAAAAUGAAAAUAUAGAUAACAUUAAUACACCUUUUACAAUUUCUUUACCACAUCACGAUAAUAAUAGAAAUAAUGAUCAUAAUAAUACAACCAUCGAAAACAAUACAAAUAAUACAAAUAAUACAAAUAAUAUCGAAAAAAGAGAAACUAGCACAGAUGGAGAACAAAGACCAAAUAUUCAUCAAGACGAAAAUAAUCAAAAUUAA